CUUUUCAUUUUCAUUUGAAUCGCAAUCGAGAGUGUCGAACGACCUUUCACCGACCACGACUUCUUUCUCUUUUGCUGUGAAAAUUCUCUUGAUAUAUUUCAUCUUACUACAGUUUGAGUAAAUAUAAUCACCAUGAGUGAAGGAAAUUCUUUGGGAGUUGGAAUGAACAUCGACAUUCAGAGGAGUGAUGGUAGAGUACACUCAGCAUGCAUCAGUGGAAUCAACCCAGGUACAGACAGUGUUACAGUGGAAUGGUUUGAAAGAGGUGACACCAAAGGAAAAGAGAUUGAGAUAUCAGCCAUCUUUGCCCUGAACCCUAACCUAGCAGCCCCAGCUGAGCCCCCUGCUCCGGCCCCAGCGGUAGCCCCUGCACCCGCCCAGUCACAGAUCCCUGCACCCAAGAGCAGAGUCAGCAGUGCUAAGGUUGCUCCUCCAGAACCCAAUAAACCUUUAUCUAAAGCUACUCCAAGGGAAACCAGAGCUUCAUCGGCGAAAGCACGUCCCAGCAUCAACCCAGCAGCCCACAAUGGAGACCUCUACGUUGCCCCGGCUGGCCCACUGGCCAAGGCUCAGAAAGAGGCUCCAGCUUCAUCUCGACGGAGGUCAAAUGUCGUGAAGGAAGUGGACAGGAUCAAACAGAUGAGAGAAGAAAGAAGAGCAAAGCAACUUGUUCAGAUGAAAGAAAGAGCCAAGGAUGACGAUGGUACACAUCCCCAUUGGGAGUUCUUGAAGAUGAUAAGAGAAUUUACAGAUCAACUUGACUUCAAUCCUAUUUCUACAAGUGACAAGGUGGAAGACCAUCAGAUAUGUGUGUGUGUGCGGAAAAGACCCCUGAACAAGAAAGAACAAAACAAGAAGGACCUGGACGUGUUGACGUUGCCUAGCAAGGACAAGGUGUUGGUUCAUGAACCUAAACUCAAGGUGGAUCUUACCAAGUACCUGGAGAAUCAACUCUUCAGGUUUGACUAUGCCUUCAAUGAGGAUGCUACCAAUGAAAUGGUCUACAAAUUCACAGCUAAGCCUCUAGUGCAGACCAUAUUCAACAGAGGCAUGGCCACGUGUUUUGCAUAUGGACAAACAGGAAGUGGGAAAACACAUACGAUGGGGGGAAACUUCUCGGGGAAGAAUCAAGAUGUGACGAAGGGAAUCUAUGCCCUGGCUGCAGCUGAUGUAUUCAGGCAACUGAACAGACCAGAGCACAAAUCAAAGGAAUUAGCUGUACACUGCAGCUUCUUUGAAAUCUACAGUGGCAAGGUGUUUGACCUGCUGAAUAAGAAAGCCAAGCUGAGAGUACUGGAGGAUGGUAAGCAGCAGGUCCAGGUUGUAGGGCUCCAGGAACGAACAGUCAAGAACACAGACGAUGUACUCAAGCUUAUAGGAAUGGGUAACAAUGUCAGAACGUCAGGCCAGACGUCAGCAAACCAGCAUUCUUCCAGAUCACAUGCCGUCUUCCAAAUCAUCUUGAGAAAGAGAACUUCAGGAAAACUGCAUGGGAAGUUCUCCCUUAUUGAUCUGGCAGGUAAUGAGAGAGGGAAGGAUACACAGAGCUCUAACAGACAGACCAGGAUGGAAGGAGCUGAGAUUAAUAAGAGUUUACUAGCUCUCAAGGAGUGUAUCCGAUCCUUGGGUCACAGGACAGCCCAUGUUCCGUUCAGAGCCAGCAAGCUCACACAGGUCUUACGAGAUUCAUUCAUUGGAGAUAACACAAGGACAUGCAUGAUUGCCAUGGUUUCACCAGGGAUUAGUUCAUGUGAACACACGUUGAAUACUCUACGAUACGCAGACAGAGUGAAAGAGCUCGGUCCAAGCGGCCCUGGUGAUCACGGGGUUUACGGAUCUCCUACUAAGAAUGGAGGUAGUCCUGAGAGGUCUCUAUCGCCCAGUAACAGUGAUCUACAAAUGCUGUGUACCCAUAAUGAAGAAGAGGUAUCGGUGGAGAUGUACACAUUCCAUGAAGUCAUGAACCAGCUACAGGAGAUGGAGGAACAGGUGGUAGACUAUCAUCGUAACUGCCUAGAGGAAUCCAAGAAUCUCAUAGCCGAGGAGGAACAGUUGUUGGCGAUGACAGAUGAAGUAGAUUAUGAUGUAGAAGAUUACUGCUCUGGCCUGGAAGCCAUUCUCUCCAGAAAGAUCCAGAUCUUAUCGGACCUGAAGGACAAGGUUUCAAACUUCAGAAGCCAGAUCUCAGAGGAGGAGAAAGCCAGCAAGAACAUCAAGAAAUGAGGUGGUAACCAUGGCAACGCAUCCCUCCCCCCAUUCCAACUGUCUUUGACCGUACUCAAUGUGUGGAAAAUGUAAACAAUGCAUAGACAAGCUAUUCUUAUAUUAGAUUAGUCAUUCCUAUAGAUGUGCUUUGGAGGCAAUCUCCUAAGCAACUCAUCAUCUUUAAAUAAUCCUGUAGUUUUAGAAAGAAAUAUGUAAUUUUAAUGAUAAAGAGGUCGUUUCUAUGGCAACAUGAUGAUCCACAUGUCAAUCCAUAGUCUUUAUCCUGCUCUUCAUAGUAAGCGAAGAUGGAAGCAUACUCUUUUUUUUUUAAAUUGACAAAACAGUAGAGAUACAAGUAGCAGAUAUUGCAAGCCAACAUUAGCUAUCGUGCUCAUGCUCAAUACAUGCUAGUAUUUAUGCAUCAGCGUAAUGUUGAAUACUUGUUGUGUGAUGUUAUCAUGACGUACAACACGGGAUAGUUUGGGAUGCACACUAUUUUAAUUGUAUAAUAUUCUGUGAUUUUUCAUUGAGCUUUGAAGUAAAUAAUAUUGAGGCUAUGAAUGUAGGCGAUUGUACUUCAAUACACAUGUCAUUAAAAUGCAUGAAGUAUUCAAUAUUUAUAUCUGAAAAGAUUCAAACUAAACCCAGUGAUAUACCAGUAGUUAUGAAGAAUUAUUUGAUUCCUUCUUGCAUCCAACAUCUAUUAUUUGCUAUAGAUUUAUUCAUAGAUUAAGCUAGCAAUCCAAAAAGUAUUUUUGAUAUUGUGGUGGUAGGUUAUACACAUAAACUACAUUCAGAGCACAGCAUACGAAUAUCAGCACAAGGGAUUUAUGAUUCCUUGUCGUUUUGCAAUCGAUCAUCCAUAUAUGAUCAUCAGAUUUUUUGUAUUGUGCAACUUAUAGGAAUUAUUGGGUGACAUAAGCUGACAAGAUGCAUGGUAUCCAUUCUAAAAAUUGACUUUUUAUGAUGCAAGGUCUUAUUCAACAUUAAAAACUGGCAUAAAAGAUCUUCAAGAAAAUUGGCAUACCGGUACUGAAGGUACUUGGUGUAUUUGACAUUUUACAGUUAAACCUGCAUUAGCGAUCACCUUUCUAUAAAGACCACCUGUCUAUAGUGGCCAAGCAUUUUGUCUCCCAUGAGAGAGAAAUGUGUGUUGUAGAACCUGUCUAGAAAGGCCACCUAUCUACACUUUUUCUGUUUCCCUUGAGUGGUCUUUAUAGACAGGUUUGACCGUACCUUCGCGAUUGUACAUAAAAGCAGUAUAAAAUGCUACAUCACAUUCUCUUUACGCAUUGGAUGUAGAAGGAAAAUAGCAAAUUUGAAUUUAAAAAAACACACAAUGCUUGAAAACUUCUAUCUUCUUUUAAACCACAGUUCAGACUAGUGAUGUAUUAUGGGUCAUAUUGGCCCUCUCUAGUCUGACAUUUACAUGUUAAAAGUGAAGCUAAGCCUUACUUUGUGCAGAUCUUUUCUCUAUGCAAGUCAGUGAAUUUCUCCUUGUUUUUUUGUGUUAUUGCAGUUGAUUGAUUUAGAUUUCUGGUUUUCUAGUAUUCAUAUGAAAUGAGCUGUUCAUAUGUUAUGCUCACAUGAACACACAAAAACUUAAGAUCACAUGAUGCAUUCCAGUCAAGGUAAUGAGCCUAUGUGCAAACCUAACCUGCCAGAAAGAAGUUAUCCAUCCUAUUUCAUAUUGUAUAUUGUUUCAUUUCAUCAAUCCACCUUUCUCUAUAUAAAAACCAACCUUCCCUUGCCAUUGUCUUUACCAGUUGAUACAUCGACGGCCGGGUGGCAGAAGGGCGUUAGCGCGUGAGCGACUUGAAAACUACUUUUCAAAUUAUUCGCAUUUAAAGAUUUGUCUUAUAUUUAAAAUGCUUCCGUCCCGAAAAUUGGUUAAAACAUAAAAGACUAAAUAGAAAUGUUGUAGUAGAACAUGGCCACAAUUUUUUUCUCGGAAAUAAGUCAGUUUGAUAAAAGUUGAGGCAAUUUAGUGCUAACGCCCUUCUACCAGCCAGGCGAAGACAUGUAUCUCAUCUAAUCAAAUUUAUUCCAAUCAUAAGUCAUUUAUACAUAGCUGAUACAUCAUGUUAUUUAUAACCUUGUAAAUCCUGAAUAUAGCAAGCAUAUGGAAUACAAAAUUGAGUAAAAAGUUUUGGGCACUCGGUGGGAGAAAAGAUUUUAUUGUAAAAUACGGCUUUCCCUAUCUUGAAAUUAGCCAAAUUGUUGUGCUGUUGUG